ACAUUUGUGUGUGUCCAUUCAAUUGGAACACAAUUGUUAGUCUUUGGUAUGAUGCUCUGGAGCUCUUAGGAACUAAUGGAACUGAACAAAUGGCUAAGUAAACAUGAGAUGCAGGUUUAAGACUGCUUGUUAAAGGUGUGGACAUCUGCCUUAGUGUUUGUGAAGAAGCCAAACAGAGACAACCUGGUGGCAUGAUCACAUGAUAAGAAUUUGCAAGUCACUUUGAAUACACAGUUUUAGACCAAAAGUUGUCCACAUCUAGUUUAAUCCAACUCCAUAUAUUUAAGCAAUUAAAGAACAUGUCUGUCUCUGUCUCUGCUCAGUGAAGUAUAUUAUAGCUCCUAAACUAUUUGGUCAGCUCAUUUCAUUUUCAGUGAGUUCAAAAGCUGGAGACUCUCAAUUGCAACGUGUGUAAUGGCAGUAAAAUAAAUACUGAACAUAUUUAUAUUUGAUGUAAUGACAAUGUUACCUUUCUCCAUUGUUUUUGUCUAUGUAUGUCUUCUCAACAACCCUAGAGUUAUACAAAUCUGGCAUAUUUUAACUUCUAAUUCAUUAAACUAUAUUUCUGGUACUUAAUCAAUAAUUGUGUUAUUGUGUGUCACACUACUGUGAGAUGUGAAUUCCCUCUUUGUAUAAUCACCUUAAAUGUCAUUUCUGCUCCCCCCCCCUGUGGACAACAGUAGUACUGCAGGCGCUGAUGUAUUGUUUGCUUCUGAAUUUUUAUCACAUCUAAUAAUGGAAAAUAAAAACUUGUCGAGUUGUAAACAUUUCUGAAGUCGUUAGCUGUGGCUGCGCAUAUUAGUUUACUGCUGAUGAAGCUGAUGGUACAGAUAUACCACUAUAGCCAGAAGAACCAUAAACACAAAAUAAGCAAAGGUUCUUUACACCCCCAUUGCCCUGAGCCAACCAGGUGACAGCAAAGCCUCUUUCCCAUAACAAACCACCUCUUACACCAUACCAACUGCAUCAGAUGCGAAGAUCGACGCUGCCUUGGACACAUCUCUGACUCAGAUGCUGAGAUAUUUUACUAAAGCAUCAGAAUUUAUUGUCUACGCGAGCAAACCUUAUUUUGAAAUUGGACAGCUGAUUUCUUGAAGGCUGCACAAUGGUUCAAGGUGUUUCAGAGAUAGCCGCAAUGUGUGUCGGCCUGAUUGGGCUGAUCGGGGCGGCGGCUACUACAGGGAUGCCCAUGUGGAAGGUGACAGCUUUCAUUGGGGAAAACAUCAUUGUGAUGGAAACCCGCUGGGAGGGCUUGUGGAUGAACUGCUACAGACAGGCCAACAUCAGGAUGCAAUGUAAGAUCUAUGACUCGCUGCUGUUUCUGCCCCCGGACUUACAGGCAGCCAGAGGUCUGAUGUGCUGUUCUCUGGCCCUCUCGGGUCUGGGGCUCCUUGUGGCUCUGGCAGGAAUGCGUUGUACAUCCUGUAUUCAGGAUAAUGAUUGGGCUAAGACCAUUAUCCUGAUGGUUGCAGGUGGUAUGCAGUUUGGGGCCUGUAUCUGUGUCUUUAUCCCUGUGUCGUGGACAGGUCAUGUCAUCAUUAGAGAUUUUUACAAUCCUUUGCUAAUUGAUGCCCAGAGGAGGGAGCUAGGAGAGGCUCUCUACAUCGGUUGGGUGACCGGCGCCUUCCUUUUUGCAUCUGCCAUGUUGUUCGUCUGUCGCCGUAUACCCUCAGACAAAGGCUCAUUCGAUGUGUACCACCAAGCCAACUUGCUCAGUUACAAGCCAGCACCCAGCAAGCCAUCUCUCAUGAGGUCUGCAAGAAAAUGCAUCAUUGGUAUAUCAAGGUAGUAUGGCGCACCACUCCUCAAUGCGGAGCUCUAACCUUGUUGGAAGCCUGUAUACACCAGACAACUCUUUUUACAGAAGCCAAAA